CAAUUCACUCAUCACAAACAGUAUAGAGUACUCAACAUUCCUCACAUACUCUCUCCUUCCACUCUGUCUCUCUCUUGUUUUAUUCUACCCUUGGAUUCUUAUUCUGAGUGCUAAGGUGCUACGGUACGUGUUAAAUAAAGUCUUUGAAUAGGAUAGGCCAGGGUAUAUCAAGGGUCUCCGAUUUUGUACGAGUUAUUAAAAUUAUCAAACUACAUAAGUUCCAUCCUGCAGUAUAUGCAUCAUCGGUAUAAAUAAGCAAAAAGGCAAUACUUUGGCAUUCGACUUUAGCAUCUGUUGUACAAGUUAAGAAUGAACAAACCGAGAAUAUUUAACUCAAGGAGAACUGUUGUCAGUCUAAAUUUAACUGCAUGUUCGUGCUAGCUAGCUGUAUACCCAAAUAAGUGUGCUUUUCCCAUGUCUCCACUUGACAGCUGCUUCCGUCGAGUGUGGUGGCUCGCUUUUCGGUCCUGUCUGCGAGGCCUUCGCAGCUAAAUCUCCUCCAAAAUUAUGAGCUACUACCGAGCUCCAAAUACUCUAAGAGAUAACACUUCCAUUGAUCUGACUCUUAGCGUAUAACUCAUAAUAUGAAUGAUCUUUUUUUUUGAAAAGGGAAAUUUUAUUGAUUUCAAGCACAAUACAUCAAGGUAAUAUGAAUGAUCUACAUAUCAUUCUCUUAUAAUCUCAAAGUUCGUAUAUGAGACUAUUUCUUGAACAAGAGAUAGCUCUUCAGUUCUAUCACUGUUCAUCAACUAAACAAAUUCUAUGAGCUGGCUAAGAGUCAGCCUUUGGAAGAGGCCUUAUCGAUCCGUGCAUGCGCCAUCAUCAUUUAGCUCGGGCCGCUGCGUUGUCUGCGUGUGGGUGGAGUGCCAGGACGAAGUAUAGUAGCGAGGAAAUGAUGGAUGGGUUAUGGGUAUGGAUGGAGUCGUCUUUCAUCGAGUCAUCGUGAUCAGUCAGAGUAUCAAUAACUGCAGCUACCUGGAAAUACUGUGUGUGGGCACCUUCAAUCCCUUUGGCUCGGGACCAAGCUGUUGUCUGAAGUUGUCCGUAAGUAACAACGUCUGAAAUAAAUAAAAGAGGUAGAAAUUAAUAAAUGGGAGUGCCAGCGGCCGUUAGGCAGAGCAUCUCGAUCAAUGCUUUCACGUUCGCGCAGCAGGACGUACUUACACACUGAACACGGCAAAGUCUUCAGAGUUCAGACUACUAUGUAAAGAGGAUUGUCACUUGAAACUUGCCAUUGGAUUCCCUUGCUCUGUCUACUAUAUAUUCUGGCCACCUCCCAUUUCCAUGCCACCCCACCCCAGUCGCCAUCUUCUUCCCUGAAUCACCCUUCGUUCCUCAACUCAAGCAGCCGAGCGAAGCCACUGCAGCCACCCGAUUCAUGGCCAGCUACGGUGGCUCUCCCCACUGACCACCUAAGGUUCGCACUAAAACUCCCCUGGUGCUUCUCCCUUCUUCAUGAGUUACCGAGGACACCGGCCAACUGCAAUCCUCGCCAUCGGCAUUCAAGCCACCACCAUCCGGUUCAGACCUGAGAAUUUCAUCGUCCGAUCUCGUCACGCCCAGAAAGGUCCACCACCAGAUCUGGUUCGGCAAACCACGACCGGUAUCGGCUCUCCGGCCGUUGCCAACUCGCCAGCCUCAGCUAAAAGCAAAACUUACUAGCUACCAUUCAUGGCGGGGGUCUUGGAUUCUUUGGCAUCCUACGUCCAGAACAUGCUUACGGAGAUGGCAAGGGAUGAGGUCCAUAUGCUGCUCGGGGUUUCCGGAGAGAUUGAAAAAAUGGAUGUCAAGCUCAAGGACCUCAAGAACUUUCUCCUGGAUGCUGACAAGCGGAGCAUCACCGACGAGAGUGUGCAGGCAUGGGUACUAGAGCUUAGAGAGGCCAUGUAUGAUGCCACCAACAUCCUUGACAUCUGUCAGCUCAAGGCCAUGGAGGGUCCAAGCCAUGAUGCAGGGUGCUUCAACCCCCUACUGUUCUGCAUGCGGAAUCCCAUCCAUGCCCACAAGAUUGGUAGCUGCAUCAAGGACCUUAACCAGAGGUUAGAAGUUAUCAAAAACCGUAGCUUGGACUUCAACUUCAUUAACAUCAAUUCAUACGAGAACCGUAGCAGAAGGGUGGCAUCCUCUCGUCUUGGUAGCCGUGAGACAUCUAGUGAGCUUGAUGAGUCAAGUUUGGUCGGUGAGAAUAUUGAGGUGGACACAAGAAAUUUGGUGGAUAUGCUGACAACAGCGGAGCUAUCAAAAUGUGAGAACAACAAAAUUUUGGUUUUCGCUAUCGUGGGAGUUGGCGGUAUUGGUAAAACCACCCUGGCCAAGAAGAUCUUCAAUCAUGACAUCAUCCAGCAAGAAUUUGGAAAGAAAAUAUGGUUGAGCGUGAACCAGGACUUCAGCGAGACUGAGCUGCUGAGAAGAGCUAUUAUUGAAGCUGGGGGUACCCACCAAUCUGCUAGAAAUACGAGGGGUGCCCUUGAGCGAGCUCUUAAGGAAGCCUUGAAUGGGCAAAAGACCAUAUUGGUGUUGGAUGAUGUUUGGAAGCAUCAAGUAUGGGAGGAUGUGCUCCAAACUCCCUUGGUUAGUGCUGCACUAGCUCAUGGUAGCCGCGUCCUCAUCACCACAAGACAUGACAUGGUCGCGAGAGGGAUGAUAGCAACAAAGCCCUACCACUAUAUCAAUAAACUUAAUCCCGAAGAUGCAUGGUUGUUGCUCAAGAAGAAGGUAGUUGGAAACGGAAAUGAUGAAGACCAGAUUGAACUGCUCAAGGAUAUUGGAAUGGAAAUUGUAACAAAAUGUGAUUAUUUACCACUUGCUGUCAAAGUAAUGGGAGGUCUCCUGCGUCAAAAAACAGCAAGGAGACGGGAGUGGGAAAAUAUCCUAAAUGACUCGAUAUGGUCAGCAUCCCAAAUGCCUGAAGAGCUAAACUAUGCAAUAUAUCUUAGCUACGAAGAUAUGAGUCCCAAUUUGAAGCCUUGCUUUCUUCACUACUCCAUCCUUCCCAACAGCACAACAUUCUUGGCAAGUGACAUUGUUGCCAUGUGGAUUAGCGAGGGAUUUGUUCAUGGAGCCUCUCGUGACUUAGAGGAAAUAGGAAAAGAGUACUAUGAUGAGUUGAUAGAGAGGAACCUUAUUGAGCCUGUUACAGGGUAUAUUGAACAAAUACAUUGCAAUAUGCAUGAUGUUGUCCGCUCAUUUGCUCAAUACUUGGCUAGAAAUGAAGCACUAGUAGCACAGAACAAGGAAACCGAUAUUGCUGACAAAAUCAAUUCACAAAAGUUUUUUCGCUUAUCUCUAGAAACAAGAGGUUUAGAAUCAGAUGAGUUAGAGUGGUAUUCAAUACAAGCACAGACAUCAUUGAGAACACUAUUUUCAGUUGGGCCUAUAAAAAUCAAGCCUGGUGAUUCACUCCUUGCUUUUUCAAAUUUAUGGACACUACAUGUAGAAGAUGCAAAUUUUGAUGCAUUAGUUGAAUCUUUGAAUCAACUCAAACACUUGAGGUAUUUAUCCAUAGCAAGAACCAACACAUCUACGCUGCCAGAAAACAUUGGUAAGAUGAAAUUCUUGCAGUGUAUUAACCUUUGUGGUUGUAAGAGUUUGGUGAAUCUUCCAAGUUCCAUUGUAACAUUGCAACAAUUGAGGUUUCUUAACAUUGCUGGGACAGGAAUAAGUAACAUACCUAAGGGUUUUCAUGGACUAACUAAUCUGAGGAAUUUAUAUAUGUUUCCGGUUCACAUGGAUGGCGAUUGGUGUAGCCUUGAAGAACUGGGACCUCUCUCCCAGCUCACUAGGCUUCAUAUAAGUGGCCUGGAUAAUGUGUCUUCCUCCUCAUUUGCAACAAAGGCCAGGAUUGGUGAAAAGGUGCGGCUGAGCUAUCUGUCCUUAGAAUGCACAAGUAGAAUCAGACAUGGUCGGUUGGUAAAAGAUGAAGAAGGCAUUCCUGAGGAGCAGCAGCAACUAAUUGAGGAGGUACUUAAUGAGCUCCACCCUCCACUUGGCUUAGAAAACCUCGAAAUCAUAUGGUACUUGGGUCAACGGCUCCCAAGGUGGAUGAUGUCGACAUCAGUUGUGCCGCUUGGGAGCUUGAGGAUUCUAACGAUGGAAGAUCUGGCAUGCUGCAUGGAGCUUCCAAGUGGCUUGUGUCAGCUCCCUUGCUUGGAAUUCCUACAGAUCAUUCGUGCCCCAGUGAUCAAGCGUGUUGGGCUUGAAUUCCUACAAUCAAACCAUCAUUGCCUCAACCAUUCCCAAGUAGGGGUUUCAUUUCGCAGAUUGAGUACGCUGAAUUUUAAUGGCCUGGUCGAGUGGGAGGAAUGGGAGUGGGAGCUGCAAGUGAAAGCCAUGCCCAUCUUGGAGAAGCUUAUACUCCAAAAGUGCAAGCUGAGGCACAUGCCUCCUGGCCUUGCCUUCCACGCAAGAGCUUUGAAGAAACUAUACAUAAAUGAUGUGAAGCAUCUAAGUUCUUUGGAGAACUUUACUUCUAUUGUUCACCUCGACGUGUUCAGAAAUGCUGACCUUGAGAGGAUUAGUAAUCUUCCGAAACUGCAGAAGCUCAUCAUCAUCAUGUGCCCAAAGAUGAAGGUUUUGGAGGGUCUGCCUGCACUACAGAGACUCAACCUCGAAGAUUAUGACAUGGAAACAGUUCCCAGAUAUCUGCAAGAUUUAAGGACAAGACACUUGCUGCUAAACUGCAGCUUAUCGCUGCUCACUUCCUUAGCAGCAGGGAAAACUAGUCCUGAGUGGGACAAAUUCAGCCAUAUCCAACAAGUCAAGGCAUAUGCAAACGAUGCAGGCAUUUUGAGGAAAUGGUAUGUGUUGUAUACAAGGGAUCCUUUCCACCUGGAGACAAAUAUUAGCCACCCUGUCAUUGCUCGAGCCUGCAACAAGCCAAAGCGGCUUGCUUACACGACCACAUGCACCAUUGUAGACGAGUGGCCGGUAGGACGACGUACAUCUACCGACAAACGUCAGCCCCUAUGCCAACGCUUAAGGUGCAAUGCUUAUCGCCAUUUAGUUCUCUGGUUGCGUCGAGAGUGCCAGCACUGCAAUGAGGUAGACGACCUCGCCCCCUCGUCAGACCAAUGGACCGAAACAGUGAUAUAUUCAGCGUGCACACGACUCGUAGGAGGCAGAUAUAGCAGACAGCAGCGACAUACUAAACCAUCGAGGAUGUAAUGGCAAAGUUCUGGUUCCUCGAGAAAAAAUGUCGAAGUGCCUUUGGGUGCUCUGCAUUUGUGCUAGCGUUAAGUUGAUGCAAUUUCUGUUCUUUUCACGUUAGAUAAUUGAGAUGACCGUAUAAGCUGUGGCAGUUCCAGUCAUGCCUGCCAGGCAGCUCGCCGGCCAGGCAGCACCAUCCGACCCCAGGCCGACGAAAUCGGACGCCUGGGAUUGCUGCCUGGGCCACGCAGAUUUGUCAGGGUCUGAACCAAACAAGCCCCAGUCCAGACUUGCACCUGGACUUGCAAGCAACUUUUGCAGCUGCCCGUACAGAACAAGACUUGCUCUGUUUUCAGUUAAUCUAUGUGUUUACUCUGCUUUCCAUCCUUCUCUCGAGUUGAUUACUGCUCUUACGCCUGUGCAGACUAGCAACAAAUUUUUGUGUGGAACAUAAGGUUUAUGUCAUGAUUAUUGUAAUGCAUCUGCAGCGCUUUCCCUGACAGAAAUUGCAGAUCUUUCGAAUCUUUUGUAUAUACACUGAGUAAUGAAUGGUUCGGAUUUUCCUA